GUACGAUGAACUUCUUGGGGUUGACGCUUGUGGCAUUGGCGACAAGAGUGUUUUCCUGGGAACCCAUGCCGGACGGGUAUGAGCUUUUGGAUGGCCCUGCUUUGAGAGACCGUGCGUCUAUCGACGCAUGGCGUGCCGAGUGGGGCACGUGGAAGCGAAAGGAGUUGCAGUCCGUACGAUACGACCCCGACGGCGUCUGCAACGUCUACAACCUGCCAUCUUUGCAAUGGACUCAGCGCAGCUUUGUGCAAGUGUUCGCCAUGUUGCACGACCGGACGUUGUAUGAUCGAGCGAACAACGCGUACACUGUCGACAAGUUUGUCACGAGUUUCGACUUGCCCAUCGACAGCGUGCUGCUCUGGCCGUCGUAUCCGAAUCUGGGCAUCGACGCUCGCAACCAAUACGAUUUUUGGUCCAUCCUUCCGGGUGGCCUCGAUGGGCUUCGCUCCCUCGUGGAUGACUUUCAUGCGCACAACGUAACUGUGUUCCUUCCAUACCAACCUUGGGACACCGCCACUCGCAACAGCGACCCCACCCUUCCUCGCUACCGCUCCGACAUCUCCACCCUGCAUACCAUCGUCGACGCCAUCGGGGCCGACGGGAUCAAUGGCGAUACCAUGUAUGGUGUACCUGCCUCCUUCUUCAACUGCUCGGCCCCGACGGCAACGUGCCCCGAAGGCGGCCUCCCUUCGCACACCCUGGGUGUGAACCCCAUGAGCUGGGGGUACUACUUUGGUUUCUCUCAGUUCCCCCCCGUGGCCCGCGCCAAGUACUUGGAGCCUCGUCACACGCCGCUGGUGUGCGCGCGGUGGUCGCUCAGCCGGUCCGUGGAGUUGCAGAUGGCUUUUUUCAAUGGCGCGGGGUACGUUGUGUGGGAGAACAUCUGGGGCAUCUGGAACGCCAUGACGGAGCGCGAGUGGCAAGAACUCAAGCGAACAUCCGCCAUCCUCCGGCGCUUCCCAGAGGCCAUGCACUCGACGACCUGGCAGCCCUACGUCCCCGACCUGCCUGCAAACGUUCACGGCAGCGCCUUCCCGACCCCACACCACCCUUCCAUCGUGUUCACGUUCAUCCACACAUCCCCCGACGAUUUCACUGGCGUCGUGACCCUGGACCUGCCUGGAUUGACCCACGACGUCGCUGUGUUUGAUCUAUAUCAUGGGCUCGAGCUCAACGCAACAGUCGACGCCACUCACAGCGGAGACGGCUCGACGGUGAGUGUGCCCGUGGCCAUCGAAGGCUACGGCUACGGGGCCCUCUUUGUCGUGCAUCGCAGCGAAGUGGGGGGGCUGGACGACUGGCUGCCCGGGUUCCUCUCAUACAUGCACCAAUUGACAGCAUUGCCCCUGCGUGCGUAUGGCACGGCCCGGCCGCUUCUUUCUCAAUCCAUAACCUCCAUCAAACCAGUCACUACGAUCGUCAGUGCUAAAGAGAUCGAGGCAUCGCCCAAGGCGGCGGCAUCGGCAUUAUCUGACUUGGAUCUUGUGUCGAUUCCAGGGUCGGAAGCGUGGAAGUUCGUGGUCGAUGGCGUGCAAAUCGAACCCGUGCCGGCGUGGACCCCCCACGGCGAUGACUUGUACGGGGUCGGGGUGCAAUUCCCGUGGGAGAGCCGACCGUCGCCGCACCACGCGACCGAAUUGUGGGUCGACCCGUUCCACAUCAUGCGCCACCCCGUCACAAACGGCCAGUACCAGUCGUUUCUGCUCCAAUCCAACUACACACCGUCUGACUUGUCGCAGUUUCUCCAGACGUGGCACCACCGGUACGCAGCAGAGCCCACCACGUACGAGCCAGUAACGUCUUGGAGGUACCCGCCGGGAGCCGCGGACCAUCCCGUCGUGCACGUGUCGGUGGAAGACGCGCGGGCGUUCGCCGACUUCUACGGCCUUCGUCUGCCCCACGACUGGGAGUGGCAAUACGUGGCCUCCAACGGCCCCACCAACCAGUCGACGCUGCACCCGUGGGGCGACUCGGCGGACCUGACGCGCGUGCCAUCCAUCCUUCACGGUGAAGUCGACAGCCUCGUGAGCGUGGGGGGAUUUCCGGACGGAUGCACCACCGCAGGGGUGUGCGACCUCGAAGGCCUCGUGUGGGAGAUGACCGAUACAUUCUGCGACACUCACACGUGCAGUUUGCUCCUCCGUGGAGGCAGUCGAUACCAGCCGGUGGCGUCGAGUUUGAACGACCCGAACUGGUACUUUCCCCAUGUAAAGCACGUCCAAGAGCACGGCAAGUGGCUGCAGUUGUCGCCGAGCUACGAUCGGUCGGCCACGGUGGGCUUUCGCUGCGUGCUAGACUCGUCGUCGGUGUAUGACUAGUAGUAGUAGUCGUAGUACUAAGUAGUUAAUACAAACGUUCACCACUAUGA